CCGCGAGUCUGGAAGCCGUGAAAGGGCCCAGGAGAGCCGAAUCGGGAAAAGAUAGCAAAGCAGACAAAAUCUUUGCUGGUCACAUGCGGUCCCGGAGUUCGGGCGCAGCGGGCAAAUCAGUGAUCAGGCCCAUUCACGCCCGGGGCUGCCGAGCCGCUUAUUGGUGGGACAAUCCUGAUUGACGCCGCGACACCGUCAUAGCGACCCGCCCCCAUUAUUUUCUCCUUCCAGUCCAUCCCAUUCCCGGAUUCCGCCUGUCGGGGAGCUCAUGACGCAGCCACCAAAAUUCCAAAAGGUGGAAGGUUACCCGGCCAUUGAUCCAUCUCAUUCCUCCUCUGUACCCUCAAUUUCUUUGACGGUAUCAUUCAAAGUGGACAAAAGUGGACAAGUGGUCCGGCAUUCCUCAUCCCUCGCAUCCUCCUCCUCUCCCAUCCCCCACGAUACUUCAAUCCCCGUCAUCCCCGUCCACCCCGUCCAGCCCGCGUCCCAAUUUAAUCACUCCAAUCUCAUCCUAUCCUCUCUUGCCUUAUACGUAGGGAGUACUGCAGCAUAUACAUCCCUUGGAUCUCACCCACUUCCUCUCCGUCCUUCUUGCUUGUCCCUGCAUCCACAUUUUCUCUUCUUCUCACACCUGUUUGGCUUCUUGGAUAAGUAUUGCUGAGGAAGGUAUGCCGCUCCAAACCCUGUUCACGUCUGCGCAUCUAUCAGACACCACAGCCCCUGGGUCAAUGUCCGACUGAUAUUUGUGUGUGUGAAGUGUGUUUGGAUAUAGAACAUACAACACGCCUUUAUUUUCUCUAGAAAACUCCCCUCCCCGUUACCUUAGUCGUGAGGAUAAAACGCGAUCCGCCUUGAUCGUUCGCUGGUCACUGGGG